AAUAAAUUUCGACGAAGGCACAGUCACUUUGUUCCAGUACAACGAUCCAGUCAUGGGAGCUGACCAAUCCAAAGUUGAAGAAGCUCCAAUCGAACCAUGGAGAGAAAUAAAUUGGGGAGACAACCAGAGCGCUCUGCAGUAUGUGCAAAACUACAAACCUCAGACUGAAGGCCAGUAGCUCAGGAUUCUUCUUCAUGGACCAGUUGGAGCUGGAAAAUCCAGUUUCAUCAACUCUGUCCACAGUGUCCUAAAUGGCAGAAUGUACGCACAGGCCCUGGCGGACAACACUUUUCAUGACAGUUUCACUAAACAGUACACAACCUACAAGAUCCCAAAAAGAGGCCCAGAGACCUUCUAUCCGUUUGUCUUCAAUGAUGUCAUGGGCCUGGAUCCACGUGGAGGUGCUCUUGUGGAGGACAUCAAACUGGCCAUGAUGGGACAUGUGAAGGAAGAUUACUGGUUCAAUCCUACAUCGGCAUUGUCAAGUCAUAGUUGUGAUCAUCUCUACAACAAAAAUCCAACUGAAAACGACAAAGUUCAUGUUCUGGUUUGUGUCGUUCCUGCCAACACUGUGUCUCAGAUCAGAGAUGAAACUGCGCAGAAGAUUCAGAACAUCAGGCUUGAAGCCAGUAAACUGAGGAUUCCUCAAGUGGCCAUUCUCACCAAAAUUGAUGAAGCCUGUCCUGAAAUCAAACAAGAUCUGAAGAAGGUCUACAGGAUCAAGUACCUGAAGGAAAAGAUGGAGCAGUUCAGUGCGGAUGUGGGAAUCCCCAUGAACUGCAUCUUCCCUGUGAAGAACUACCAUUCAGAAAUCGACCUCAAUAGUGACAUUGACUCACUGAUCCUGAGCGCCCUGAAAAGCAUCAUCAACUUUGGGGACGACUGCAUCAACUUCCACAAGAAUCGACCUGAAUGUUCAGACUGAUUAAACACAGCAGAAAAAAAAUGCAGGAUUUCUAAGAGAAUCUGGUAAAUGGCUUCUUUGCUUUUUGCUCAUGGCAACUUGAAGUUUGAAGCUUAUAAUUGGAAACUAUUGGAUAUUAACAUUAAUUUAAAUAAAGUUCUCUGGCUGUAAACAAAGUUUGGCUGCACACCCUGAGUAUGCACUGACUGGUGUGUUGGUGGGACACUGAGUUAAAGAUGUGUAUAUUGUGUCUGUCCAUGAAGACAGAAAUUAAACAUUAAUACAAGUGUCUCAUUGUGGCACCAACGUUACAGUGUUGUUCUAACAAUGGUCAUCUGUAAGACACGUUAGAUAUGAGAGCACCUGUAACAACUAAUCCAAUCAGUCACCUGUUGAUCAGAUUAACUCUUUGAUUCACUAUCAAAAACAUGAAUUAAGAGACUGAAAUAUUGCUAUUUAUUUCCCAGCUGUGUCUGAGGCCUCAAUGUGAACUCUUAACAAAGUUUAGUGAUGCUGCAUCUCACAACCAUAUAAAAACAUGAUGGAGAAGAAACAACUCUCACACUUUGAGAAAAUAUGUCACACUGUGGGGCUGUUAGACACUCGUGAGAAAGUUUCGAAUUUCAAACAGACAACCACUUAGAGACAACUGUCGGCAGCCAGAGAGGGAAGAAGAAAUGAUGUGUGGUCUGAAGAGACAGAGGCACUUGUGCUGUCAUGACGUGAACUUCAGUCACGUAUUUGUCCAAAGUGAAACUAAACACAGGAGGAGGAGGAUAACUGCAGGCUCACUUUUUGCCUUUCACUUUGUUCCAGUCACAAACACAGGUAUUAAGUUUCUAUGGUAUUCAUUAUCAAAUAUAUGUUAACAUUGUGCUUGUCCAGACUGUGAAAAAUAUAAACAACAUAAUCACAUAUAUAAUGUUAGUGCUAUGCUUACAGCUGAAUAAUUAAUUGUUGUUAAUUAGUUGUUUUAAUUGUCAGUUUAGUUUGUUUUUGGGGAACUUUUUCUUUAGUUGAUCAUUUUUCUACUGGUGUUUCAGAUACAGUGUGCACACAUGACUGACACAACCUGACGUCAUUUUUCAAGACGUUCAAAAAUCUCUGAUGGUUUAUAACAGCCACACUGUGGCCUCCCUUUGCUACAUCUAACAUGUUCAACUAUCAAGGAGAGGCAAUGACCUUGACAAUUUACUCUUGAAAACGUGAACUAUUUUGGAUUUACACCUUAGAUACUAUGUCGCCUAAGGGCCUCAACGAGGAGAUGGACAUUCGUAAUUUAUUUGUGAUAUUCUCGGGUGUAAGUGCUCUGUGGUAUUGCUCCACUGUGUCAUGCUUUACCUGACAUGUUACUCUGUAGGUGGAGCUUUUGAUAAUGAGUUGAUUUACAAGGUGUGUGUUUGCUUAUUGUUUUACAUAGAGGGGCCCCUCUGUUAAGGUUAUCUAUUCUUUCUGUCCUCUAUGAUGGCCUUACAGCCUGAUGUCCGGUACAGAUGCCUUGCUCUGGUAUGUCCCUUUAAGAGAAUUUUCUCAAAAUACUUUUUCAUGGGUAUCUUUGUAUGUUUUGUAUGUAUAUAUUUACACUGAGGCUCUUUGUAGCUGAUGUAUGUGAUUGUGAUGUGAUGUAUUUCUUACUGCACAGCACUGGUGUCUGGACACUGUUGCUGUGUAUGUGGGUCUACUGAUGUGUGGAUGUUCUAUUGUGCAUUCACAGACAGGGGUUGUAUGUGUCUGUGUGUGCACACUGGCACAUAGACUAUCUUUUAUUCAUCUAUUUUUUGCAUUGUGGUUUUUCUAGGAUUUAUUUGCACUAUGUUGUAUAUUUCUGACAGGAGUAUAUUGUUUUUCCUCCUUUUUUUUCUUGUCCUGUAACGCAUCAUUGCAUCAUGUGACCCCAUCAUGUGUGUAUUUAAGAUGGCGGCACCCUUUGUCUUGUAAGUCUGAGGAAGAGCCUGACGCUCGAAACGUUACUUCUAUUCGAAUAAAUUCGACUGAGCAUUGGA